CUUCACUCAGACUGUCUGACGGCACUUUAAUUUAGUUUCAGCCUUCAUGACGAUUUGAAGAUUUCAGCAGUCAUGGAUCAAGACGUGCUGUCGUUGUCAUCCUCUUCAUCGUUUUCAUCCUCAGCAGCAGUGGUGGCAGCAGAAACUGAAGAAACUUCAGCAAAGAUUGACAGCAGCCUCAGUCAGAGUCAACAGAAGCACAAAUCUGCCGGAGCAUUAUGCACUGAGGAUGUGACUCCUGUGGGUGACAGGUUGCUGUCCACAGAGGAGCAGGUGACUCUGAUCACUGAGAGUAUGACAGUCACCUCCGCUGACCAGGAGAAACUGCUGCUGCUCAACAAGAACACCGAGCUCCGCAGAGUCAACAAAGAGGUGAUGAAGCUGAAUGCGGACUGGGACCAGGUGUACCGCAGUGCCACACUGGGUCUGCAGCACAGACUGGAGGCUUUGGAACUGGAGAACACUGCAGUCAAACAUCUCAACAGUAGACUGCUGCUCAAAGUGGAACACCAACAGAGUGCAAAGGAAUACUACGAGCAGGCUCUGAUGCAGGAGCUGAGGAAGAACCAGGAGCUGCACGAAUACAUCAGGCUGCUGGAGAACAGGACACAACUUCCACAGAGAACCUGCUCACAUGUCAAAGAGGGCAGCUUCAGUGCUGGGGUAAGUGCUCCUGUGUUGUCGUCCACCACUAAUCCACCAAGAGGUCCUGACUUGUCACCCAACAUCGUUUCUGGACAAAAACCUUCAUCCUCCUUCUUCCCUGCCUCCUCGGGCUCAGAGGAAGGGUGGCAGAGUAAAAGCAAAAGCAGCAGUACCCCACUGGGAGACUCCCAGCAAGAAGUGCAUGAUCUAAAAGAACAGCUGGGGGCACUGAGAUGUCAGACUCAGAUUUAUGAAGCAGAAUUUCAGACGGAGCAUAACGACCACAAACACACGCUGCAGGAGAACAACAGGUUGAGGAAGAAGAGGGAGGAGAUGCGUCAACAGGUGGCACUACUGCAAGAGCAGGUCAAGGUUUAUGAGGACGACUUCCGACGGGAGCGCUCUGACAAACAGAUGUUGCAGAGGCUGCUAUUGAAGAAAACGCCUCCCAACAGGGACCCUGUGCUCAUCCACCGCUGCAAUAAUGUACAGCAGCCACUGGGAGGUGACAAGAGGACGCAAAGAACAGAGAAAAGAAAACAGCACCUCCCCUUCUGCCCCAAGCACCCAGACAGAGACAAAGAGUCAGAAUGAGGCUCAGAGGGAGACACACAAUGGUGAUACACGUCACAUAGUACAUGACUGUUAGGAUAUUAAAUCUUCUUAAAUAAUGAAAAACUUUAUUGUGUCAAUGGUUUGUACCAUUAAGUUACAGAGAUGCU